UACUGCUCCACUAUGAUCUUCAUUUACAUAGUUUGCUUUCUGUUCCUGUUCUACUACCUCUUAACCAAAAACUAUGGCUACUGGGAAUCGAAAAACAUCCCCUACGAAAAACCAGUUUUCCUUUUUGGAAGUUUCUACAAAAUAGUGACGCAACAACAACACCUUUUCUACCGAAUUCGUGAAAUAUACAACAACUUGAAAACUCCGUACUGCGGCAUCUACAUCUUCAACCGCCCAAUCCUAGUCAUCAGAGAUCCACAACUGAUCAAAAAAGUGUUGGUAAAAGAUUUCGAGAAAUUCAUAAAUCACCAAGUCGCCUCCAACGAAAAAGCGGAUCCUCUAUCGUACCACAGCCUUUUCGGUUCACAAGAUCAGGUGUGGAAAAACCUGCGCGUCAAACUUUCCCCGGUUUUCACUUCAGGAAAAAUGAAGCUGAUGCUGCCGCUGAUGAAAGAAUGUGCUUCUGAUUUGGCCGUUUGUGUGGAAAAACACAGUGGUGAUAAAAUCGAGAUUAGAGAAAUAAUGAAAAAAUAUGCUGUGGAUAUUAUUUCGUCGUGUGCUUUCGGCAUCAAUUCGUACUGUCUUAAACAUGAUAAAUCGGAGAUAAUGGAGGUGGCCACGAAGCUUACCGAUUUUAAGUCGUUCGUCAGGAAUUUUUCAGUGUUUAGUUUCAUGUUUAUGCCGAAAUUCGUUGACAUUUUUCGACUGACGUUUCUUGAUAAAUCUGCCUCCAACUAUUUGAUUGAUGUGUUUAACAACACUCUCAGGGAGCGGGAGAAAAAAGGGAUUUUGCGGAAUGAUUUCAUUGAUUUGCUCAACAAUUUGAAGCAGAAUGAGGCUUUUAAUGAAAAUUAUAAAUUUGAUGACCUAAAGAUGGCUGCUCAAGCGAUUCAAUUCUUCUCCGCUGGAAACGAAACGACGUCUUUGACGUUAGCAUUCACUAUGUAUGAAUUGGCAAUAAACAAAGACGUACAAUAUCGACUAGGCCAAGAAAUCAAAGAAACUUUCAACAAAUAUGGUGACUUUACGUACGAAGCGAUUCAAGGGAUGACGUACCUCGACAUGGUUUUAAAUGAGGCACUGAGAAAAUAUCCCCUUACUAGUUUCUUGGAUAGAAAAUGUGAAGACACUUACACUUUUGAAGACACUGAGUUAACGCUUGAUAAAAAUGUUUCGAUAUUAAUACCAAUUGCUGGGCUACACUACGACCCGGAAUAUUUUCCUGAUCCGGAAAAAUUUGAUCCUGAGAGAUUUAGUUUGGAAAAUAGGUAUAAAAUAGUACCUUAUACGUUUUUACCUUUUGGUGAUGGUCCAAGAAGUUGUAUUGGACAAAGAUUCGCAAUUCUGGUAGCCAAAGUAGCGUUGGCUUACUGUUUGAAGGAUUUUGCUUUUGACGUAGCGGACAAUACAAAAGUACCGCUUGAAUUGGAUAAUGGUGUAGCAUUUUUAAUGAAUAAAGGUGAUCUUUACCUAAAUGUUACAAAAUUGUAGUCAGUUGACUUUCAGAAUGUUUUUUUGUAACGAAAUGUAUAUUUUUUUAUUAAAAUAUGAAACCAUCA